AAUAUUCAAGAUUAAAACAAAAGCAAAGGUUGAGUUGGAAAAGAUUAGACAAAGUAAAUAAUCAAAUGAACAAAUCAAGGUAAUUGUCGCCCUAAAAGCCUUAAUUUUGGAGGUUUUAGGUUAAAGUUGACGAGAAGAGAAAGUUGAGGAAAAGGGAGAAAAUUAAGGAACCCCAAAAAAAUUGUUUAGGUUCCGGUUCAUCUAUUCAUGAUGAGUGAAAGUGUUUAAUAAUGAAUAAAUUUGCUGCUCUUGUAACACUGUUUAAGUUGGAAAACGCAAAAAGCGAACGCAAUUUCGCGGUCUUUUAAAGGCGUUCCUGAUCUUGUGUUUAUAACCAUUAUCAUUAUUAGUAUUAUUAUUAUUAUUGUAAUCAAAUUGGUUAACUUUGUCAAUGAGAAAAGAGGCGAAAAAAGGUUGAACAUUUGAGGAAAGCAAAUUUGUGUUAAACUGGUUCAACAGUUUGUCUCUCAUUAUCCAUUUCAAUGUUUCCAAUGUACAGUUUUAUCCAAUGUUUUAAGAUCAUUUGGUCCAAAAUGUCGACUCGAUCAAUUCAAUAACCAGCCUUGACUUUGAAAUUUAAUGCCAAUAGGAAGUUAACAUUGAAUUGGUUCAUCACUUCAUCUUUACCCGACUAACCAGGCAAACCAGCGUCAACUGUUACCAUCAAAUGUUUCUUUGCCAUUACACUUUUUACCAGUUAAAGUGAAUUUUCAUUUCAUCUCAAACUUCGUUUCUCCAUUUUCAGUCCUUUGUUCAUUUCCAUCCGUUUUCCAUCAUGAAAAUUUCCACGAUUCUCACCAUUCCAAUCAUCCUUUCGUUGGUCAAUUUCAUCCACUGUUAUGAGCGAUGUGAUUGUGGACGAACAGGAAUUCAAAGGCGAGUUUUUGGAGGAAAUGAAACUUAUCAUAAUCAAUAUCCAUGGAUGGCUCAUUUAAGCCUUCAAUUGGCUUGGUUAUUGAAUGCUUUCUGUCACGAUGCCUCUCCAUCAUCAUCUUCAUCACUCAUCAGCUGCUCAUCAUCGGCUUCCAUUCCAAAGUUGACCUCAUCCGCUUCCAUCUCAUCAUUCUCGUCUUUUACAACAAGAAAUAGUCUGAAAAAGUCCCAUGGAGUUAAGCUUAAAAAUUUAAUACUCAGUGAAGAGUUGAAACCUAAACAAUCAACUUAUAAACAUAUAAACAACUUUACUGACAAUUUAACCUCUCUGAGAUCAACUAAUUUAACUAUUAGUAACGGUGUUGGCUCAGAAAAAAUCCAAAUUACUGGUGAUAGUCCCACCAAAACAACUAGUUGCACUUCAAAUGUGACUAGACUGGUUUGGACCUUAUUCUAUGAUCAUGUUGGUUCAACGCAAUAUGGUUUAUGCGGUGGUUCAUUGAUUGAUCAUCAGCACAUAAUCACAGCAGCUCAUUGUGUCCACGAUGCAUCUGGUAAUCCAAGGAAUGUUGACGCUGUCCAUGUUUAUCUAGGAGCUCAUAAUUUAUAUCAUCUUCCGAAGGUUCGCCGUGUGGAGAAAUUUAUCCUUCCAAAAAAUUACAACUUCGCUCGACCGGUUCACAAUGACUUUGCCAUUCUCAAAUUAGUCAAACCAGUUAAAUUCAAUGACAAAAUAUCUCCCAUUUGUAUACCCAAAAGUGAUGACGAACCAUAUCGUAAAUUGAGAGUUGCAGGAUGGGGUCAUUUAGGUCCAAACCAGAAAACAGCAAAAACGUUACAACACGUUGACGUUUACCAUGUUAGAAAUAGCAAAUGUUACGAGAUGGUUAAAGAUUAUAUUUACUCAAAUUAUGCUAUUGUACGACGGAAUCCGGAAAAAUACAAGAUCCCGCCUAUCCAUGAAAAUCACAUGUGUGCUGUUGAUGGUAACACUGGUGGUGAUGCUUGCCAAGGCGAUUCUGGUGGUCCUUUGAUGUAUUUAAAUCCAAACAAUAAUCGUUUCUAUUUGAUUGCACUUGUCUCUGGUGCCUAUGAUCAAUGUGGAGAUAAACAUACUCCUGGAUUUUAUACGCUGGUUCGUAAUUUUAGGUACAUGAUAAGAGAUUUGGCGCCGCAUAGUCACAUUUGCCAUUAUUAG